UACAGUGUUGUCCCUGAGGGUGGGGGGAGGCUGCUGUCUAACAGCAUGUCAGCCCCAUGUGCAGGCUUCAUUCAAAGUAAUCUUCUCAGCAGGAACGCAAUGACUCUCAGCCAUGAUGUUUACACUGAAAGCUCCAGUUGUGCAAUGUCCUAAUAAACCCAAAGCAUUCCCACCGGAUACCUGAUCCCAAGCUGUCCUGUUUGUUUACUGGCCAGUUUGCAGGGGGGGAUGUUUCCUGCAAAUGCCCUGGGAUCAUUGGGCCUGUGUCCAGCCAAGCUCUGCUCCCCCCCAAAAGACUGGCUGCUGAACAGGAGGCUGGACUGAGCCGCCUUACAUCCACACUUCCCUGUGUACAGGCCUGGCUGCUGGAGCCGAGGAACUAGCGAUCAACUUCCAGCUUUGUGCCCGAGGAUGGGGUUACUAGACAAAGUGUGCCUUGUGCUGCUCGCUUCCACCCUCCUGGCAGUCACCCUUGCUGAGGGACUCACAUUUUUAUCCCCUCAGCAUGCCUCCCAGUUCCUCAGUCGGAGACGCCGGGCCAAUUCAUUUCUGGAAGAGAGCAAAGGAGGGAACUUAGAAAGAGAAUGCAUAGAGGAAUUGUGUAAUAAAGAAGAAGCCAGAGAGAUCUUUGAAAAUGUACCUGAAACGGAAUAUUUUUUCCCAAAAUAUUUAGCCUGCCUCGGUGCCCACCGCAGUGGUACGCUUAGCAAGCUGAGUUAUUUGAAUUUCGACGGUCCAGUAGAUCUGAGAGCAUGUGUUAAUGCAAUUCCAGAUCAGUGCACUCCCUUACCAUGUAAUAAGGAACGAUCCAAAGAAUGCAUAGAUGGGAAAGGAAAUUUUACUUGUAUUUGUAAACCAGGAUUUCAAGGGCCACUAUGUGAUGAAGAUAUCAAUGAAUGUGUGGACCCGGUGAAUCCGAAUGCAGGAUGUAACCAAAAAUGCCUCAACUUGCCUGGAAGUUAUCGCUGCGCCUGUGAAGAUGGUUAUUACAUGCUGCCCAACAAACACACAUGCAGUGACAGAAAUGAGUGCGAAAUGUUUCCAACCAUUUGCGGGAGUGCAGUCUGCAAAAACACCCCCGGGAAGUAUGAGUGUGAGUGUGACAAUGGCUAUAGAUACAACAGUUCAGCAAAAGCCUGUGAAGAUAUUGAUGAAUGUGCUGUAAGGUCGUGCAGUCAAAUCUGUGUUAACAACCCUGGAGGUUACACUUGCUACUGUGACGGCAGAAGGAAAUAUAAGCUGGCUCAGGACAAGACCUCUUGUGAGAGUAUUCCUGUUUGUGUCCCGCUUAAUCUUGAAACAAAUUAUGAGCUGCUGUUCCUGGCUGAACAGUUCACAGGGAUACCAGUAGUGUAUUUAAGAUUCAAACUGCCUGAUGUUAGUCGCUUUUCAGCUGAAUUCGACUUUCGAACAUACGAUGGAGAGGGAGUGAUUUUGUACGCAGAGUCUGCCGAUAGUACGUCGUGGUUCCUGCUUGCUCUCCGCGAUGGGAAGAUUGAAAUUCAGUUUAAGAAUGAAUUGUGGACAAAAGUAACAACUGGCGGCAAGGCAAUCAAUAAUGGGGAGUGGCAUAUUAUAACUGUGGAAGAGUUGGAGAACAUCAUCAGUGUAAAAAUAGCAAAAGAAGCCGUAAUGAACAUCAAUAACCCAAGAAGCCUCUUCAAAUCCUCAAAUGGUAUUUUAGAAAUAAAAGUCUACAUUGCAGGAUUGCCCAGAAAAGUUGAUAAUAUCAUUAAACCGAUUAACCCGCGAUUAGAUGGUUGUAUACGUGGAUGGAACUUGAUGAAUCAGGGAGCUUUGGGAGUAAAGGAAGUUAUUCAAGGAAAACAGAGUAAACAUUGUUUAGUGACUGUGGAAAGAGGUUCCUACUACCCUGGGGGUGGAGUGGCCCGUUUUAUAAUGAACUAUAAUGUUUCAACAAAUGACGAAUGGGUAGCGAAUAUCACCUUUAAUAUUAGAUCAUCUACUGGAAUCGGAGUCAUGUUUUCUCUGGUGAAUGGUGAGACCGUGCCUCUCGCUAUUGCUAUUGAGGAUCUUGGAUCUGACUUCCUACAGGGCAUUGUGGUCAGCAUACAUAGUGCCACUGUCGCACGACUGACAACAAAGAGAAUAUGUACAGACAAAAACCUUCUAAUAAGUGUGAGCAUCACAAAAAACACUCUUGUGCUAAAUGCUAAUUCCUAUACGGACAUUACUUAUGCAAGCCAAGUGGAACUGGAUAAGCAACUCUCUAUCCUGGACCAAGCAAUGCAAGAGAAUCCUGAUACUUAUUUAGGAGGGAUUCCAGAUAUCCCUGUGGCAGCUACUCCAGUCUCUGCUCAUUACGUUGGAUGCAUGGACGUGACUAUCAAUAACGAACUGAUGGAUUUGGAUGGAGCCGUUUCUAAGCAAAACGAUAUUCGAUCACAUUCCUGUCCUCUAAUUUUAUAGUUCUCUGCCUCAUAUUUUAAACAUUUAGUAAGCACUACUGGCCAACUAAACUAUUAUAUUAUUAUUAUUAUUAUUAUUAUUAUUAUUAUUAUGUUACGGAUGAGAUGUGCCUGUGCAUACACUCUAUUUAAUAUGAUGUGAACGCUUAGACAAAUUAUAUUUAGGCAUUAGGGAAUUUAUUCAGAAGUUGGAAUGACAUUUUAGGAAAAGACCAUGCUUUGCCUUCAAUAUGUUAUUUUUUUUUUACUUUCUCUUUAAAACCCCCUUUAAAGAAAAUUGGGGGAUUUAAAGCAAUUGAGACAACCUGGGCUCCACCAGGAAUGCCAUUUUCUCCCCUCCACAAAACGAAAUAUUGGGGGUAAUAUAACACAGGUAUGGGAACCGUUAUCCGGAAAUACAUUAUCCAAAAAAAUCCAAAUAAUGGAAAGGCCAUCUCCCAUUGACUUCAUUUUAUCCAAUUAAUCCAUUUUUUUUAAAAUGAUUUCCUUUUUCUCUGUAAUAAUAAAUCAGUAGCUUGUACUUGAUCCCAACUAAGAUAUAAUUAAUCCUUAUUGGAGGCAAAACCAGCCUUUUUGGUUUAUUUAAUAAUUACAUGAUUUUCUAGUAGAGUUGUGGUAUGAAGAUCCCAAUUACGGAAAGAUUUGUUAUCUGGAGAACCCCAGGUCCCGAGCAUUCUGGAUAACAGGUCCCAUACCUGUAGUUUAAAUGUAUUUAUGACUUGUUUAAACUACUCUUUCAGCUUGGGUUUUCUUUAUAUUCAUAGUAUACAUUUGGUGACCUAUAAGAUUUUAUUACCUAAUUUCCUUGAAUUUAAAAUGGCCUUCAGUGCUCUGUCAAAUUUGUGAGUCAAAUGUAGCAUGGAUAACAAUUACAUUUUCUAUUUAAAAAAAGAAAAAGUAUUAACAUUUUAAAUAAUGGAACCUAGUAUCACAGUUAAUACAGUGCAAUAUAAGAUAAGGAGGUUCCCUGAAUGAAAUAUAAACCUUCCUGUAAUGGAACAAAAUAAACUCUUUUUUUGUUUACAACAAA